CAACUGUACACACUAAUGACUACACUGUGUUCUCUCUAACUACAAAGUUUAUUGCAUUCAUUCAACCUCCGCCACCACCGUCUUUUUUUUUUUCUCUUCUCAGUUUAUUUUCUCUGUAUAACUCAGACAUGAGAAUCUAACCAUAGUAUUCAUUUCAUAGUCGAGGUAUUUGUCUACCAAACUUUGAACAAAACCACUUUUUUCUCAUUUGGGUAUUCCCAAAGUUUCUCAUUUUUUUUUUAAGAUCUAACCAAACUCACUUUCUGGGCAUAGAAAUACAUGGACGUGUUCUUUCUUUCUAUCGGGUUUCGAAAAAUACGAUUUUGAUGCCAACCCAUGUACCCUUUACAGACCCCGAUAAGUAUUCUUCAUUGCCCAUUUUGUGGCUCCCUAAUUUGAACAUUGGGUUAUGCUCUGCCUUGGUUAUAGGGGAUAUUGAUAAUAAUAAGAUAGCGAGUGAGAUCAAAUUCAAAGGAUCUGAAAAGUUAGGAUCCGAGGCCAUUUCUUUGGAGGGUAGUAAGUAGUAGUAGUUGUAGCAGCCAUAAUACAUAGCCAUUUUUCUCUUUCACUUGAAUAUAACUUUUUGUUAAGGUGGCUUUUGAGAGAGGAAUAUAUGCUUGUUACGGUUUCCGUUUUGAAACACAACAGUGUUCUGUCAUGUGUGUAUCUGUGAGGUGAGCGUGUAAAAGGAAAAGAUUUCAUAUUAUAAAGGGGGAGCGUUGGCUUUAGCAUGCAACUUGGGUGGGAGGGAGCGUCGAAGAAAGAGAGCCACAACAAUAGAAUAAACACUCACACGGAGACAAGACAAGAACAAGAUCGUGCAACAAGAUAUGAAGAAGCAGCAGCAGCAGGAGAAACAUAAGAAGCAAAUGGUCAAUGAAGAAUCUAAGAAGAAGGAGCGUCACAUUGUGACGUGGACUCAAGAGGAAGAUGACAUACUGAGGGAGCAGAUUGGUGUACAUGGAACUGAAAAUUGGGCAAUUAUUGCUUCUAAAUUCAAGGACAAAACAACAAGACAGUGCAGAAGAAGAUGGUACACUUAUUUGAAUUCCGAUUUCAAGAAAGGAGGAUGGUCACCAGAGGAAGACAUGCUUUUAUGUGAGGCUCAAAAAAUAUUUGGUAACAGGUGGACAGAAAUAGCAAAGGUGGUUUCAGGCAGAACGGAUAACGCUGUGAAAAACCGUUUCUCCACAUUGUGCAAAAAGAGAGCAAAAUAUGAAGCCUUAGUAAAAGAGAACAGCACUUCAUACAUCAAUUCAAAUAACAAAAGGAUUUUUCUCCAGCACGGGUGUGAUACAGAUGUAGCAUCAGAAACUGCAAUUAAGAAGAUGAGGAGGUCACAUAUCCCUGAUGCCGCAGAGAAGAUCAACUUUGGAGACAGAUCACAUAAACAAAAUGGGAUUCCAUUAAAUGAGCAAUCAAGAGCCCCAUUUGCGGUUUUAGCUCAAAACACUCACAAUGUCAACUUGCCAGACCAGCAUCAUGUCUGCAAUUUGAAAUUUAGUGAUUAUGCUGAAAAUAACAAGAUUCAAGGAACAUUCCUUAAAAAGGAUGACCCAAAGAUAAACGCAUUGAUGCAACAAGCAGAGUUAUUAAGUUCACUAGCUCUAAAAGUAGAUGCAGAGAAUAUGGACCAAAGUCUUGAAAAUGCAUGGAAGGUUCUUCAAGAAUUUCUGAACCGAACCAAAGAGUCAGACAUUCCUAGAUAUAAGAUUCCAGAUUUACAACUUGUAGAUCUAAAAGAGUUAUUGGCGGACUUAAAGAGCAGUAGUGAGGAAAUCCAGCCAUGCUGGAGGCAAAUGGAACUAUAUGAAGACUCUCCAGGCAGUUCGGAAUACAGUACAGGAUCAACUCUCCUGCCUCAUUCAGCUGGUGAGGAUUUGGAACACUCACUGCAUCAGGAUAUUGGAACCGAACUGAAUAUACAAAUUGAAGAUUCAGAAGGAGUUAGGGGAUGUGACCAAGGGGUUCUUUCUAGUGCAACUCUGGAUCAAGAUUUAUUCCCAUCUUGUGAGGAACAGAUAAACAAUGAUGCAAUUGUUUCUGCCUUAUCAAGUUCAGCGGAGUUCAGUUCACCUCUUCAAGUUACCCCUCUGUUUAGAUCCUUAGCUGCUGGAAUUCCUAGCCCACAAUUUUCAGAAAGUGAAAGGAGCUUCCUUAUGAAAACACUCGGAAUGGAGUCUCCGUCGCUCAAUCCAAGUGUCAACCCCUCACAACCGCCACUCUGCAAAAGAGCCCUCCUAAUCUGAAUCUCUAAUUCAUCUGAAAUACAAGACAUUUACAAGCCCUUUCCCAUUUCUGAACCCUUUCUCCCCACCCAUGGCAAUCUAGCCUGUUAGUUCUUUUCUGCUUGGUUUGAGAAAGAUUGCAAUUUUGUUCAGCCUAAAAUUUUGGAAGCCAUACCCUCCUCCAGAAUGUAAUGGUACAUUCUGAGGAUCAUCAACACAUCUAACAGUGUCCUUUUCUGGCCCUCCUCCUCAAAGGGUUACCUUUCUUGAUACCUGCACCGAAAAAAUAGUGUGCUUACUGCUUAGUGUGUCAUUCUUUGGUUUGUUUUGAUAUUAUUCUGGGUUUGUUUUUCUCCAAUCCAGCUUUUGAUCUUGGUUUGCCUUUUUGUACAGAGUUUGCAGUGUGAUACUAGUAGUCCUGAGUGUAUGUAUACACUGGCAAUUCGCCAUCCUACUACAUAUAAUGAACAGAGACAUAGAUAGAAGAGAGAAAGAAGAAAAAAAAGAGUAAAAAGAUUAACCAGUGGCAAAUUGGAUUCCUCUUUGUUGUUUUUGGGUGUGCAUAUAUCAUAGAAUAAACAUUUUUUUAUUCCUUUUUGGUUCUGAUGUACUGAAACAUAGUUAUAAUUGGAGUGGAAAUGCAUUUUGGCUUGGGUGUGCA